AUGUUCCCAAUACCUCAGGUUGUAUAUCCAACGCCGACCCCAUCGCCUCCCAUUACAUCGCGCACGCCACCCUUAUCAGUAUGGUCAACGUCAACCUCAGAUCCGUCCGACCAACCGUCAACUUCAUCGUCAGAUUCUCUUUCUUCGGCGAUCGUCUUCAUUCUUGUACCUGGAGAAUUUCAACCGCCGCACGUCUAUGGGGAAGUUCAAACUCAGCUUGGGUGUUGUGGAUAUGAAGUCGAAACCUUGCCCCUGCCUUCCCAGGAAGUCGUUGAGGAUAGAGAUGCCCGUAGCAAGGAUUUGAUUCGCUCUUUCAUUGAAGAUGUGGAGUGUAUUCGUCACCGCCUGGAUUAUCACAUCGUCGAGCAGGAGAAAAAGGUCAUUCUUGUCAUGCAUGGAUACGCUGGCCUUCCUGGCACCCAGGCACCCCGUUAUUACAGCAGAGCCGCACGUAAAAGGGACGAAUGGAGAGGUGGUGUGAUAGGAAUGGUCUACAUUCAGGCAUGGACGCCUCAGAAGCUCGCUGGCUUGAGAGAUGACAUUGAAUCGCACCCCGAUGUCACAGCUCUGAGAGAAGCUACCGGAAUCGGUCCUGAAGUGCAGAAUGAUGAGCCUUAUAACGUCACGGCAGAAGGAUACAUUGACCAGCGAUCUCCAUUCAUUCAUGGCCGCGCGGUACAGAAAUUAAUGGACCAGAUAAACUUUGUCGCUUGGCGCAAGAUACCUUCUACGUAUCUCAUGGGAGAAAAGAUCCUCGGUGACUAUAUGAUGAAGUAUGAGCACGGAUACGAACAUGACCUGACCGAGACGCCAAGUUUUGAGCAGACCGUUUGGCGUGCUAUCACAACUUUCCAAACUAUCGAGGUGAACCACGAAUCAAUCUUUUCCGGCCAUUGCCCAAUGCUCCAUCGAUCGGACUGGAUUCUUGGCGCGCUGAAACGGUCCGCUGGAGAGCACGUCCCUUUCGAGGCUGGAAUUCAAGCGUGGUGCUCCAUCAAAGCAAAGCAUAGGGGUGCGGGGAGACCAAAUACAAUGGAUGAUGACCAAGAGAUGACAGAUGUCUAA